CUUUUUUUGGGAAAUACCUCAAUGAAUACAAUGGCAGCUACAUCCCUCCCGGGUGGAGAGAGUGGGUUGGAUUAGUGAAGAACUCCCGCUUCUAUAAUUACACCAUUUCUCGCAAUGGUAACAAAGAGAAGCAUGGAUUUGAUUAUGCGAAGGACUACUUCACAGACCUAAUCACUAAUGAGAGCAUUAAUUACUUCAGAAUGUCUAAGAGGAUAUAUCCCCAUAGGCCCAUAAUGAUGGUCAUCAGCCACGCUGCACCCCAUGGCCCCGAGGAUUCGGCACCGCAGUUCUCAGAGCUCUAUCCCAAUGCUUCACAGCAUAUGUAAGUCAAAAUUACACCCUGCCAGACCUG